AUGGUGUUCUUUCGCAUGAAGAUUGAAGAAUCCCUGAACUCCAAGCCACACACAUCAUGGGUAUCCAUCUACCUCUCGUGUAUCAUCAUCGGCUUCGGAGGGCUGAACAUGACGAUAUUUGCGACAAGUUUAUGGCCCUACACUACUUGGGUGACAAAGCAAGCCGAUGUCGCAUGGCUUGGCUACGCUUUGGCCGGGACGAGUUUGGGAUCAAUUUUGGCCGACCCCCUCUUCGGCUGGUGGCAACAGAAAACUAACUCGAAACCACCUUUGCUUUUUGGGUUUGCUAUAACGUUAAUAGGAAAUCUAAUGUACGCUCUACUACCAAUCUUCCCUGAAGCAGCCAUCCUCUACGUGUUGGUCAUCUCCAGGAUAUGUCUCGGGUUUUCUUCAUCCGCCAUCGGUCUCCUUCGUACCUUCGUGUCAAUGAAUACCCUCGAAAAAGAUCGUCUUCUCGGAACGGCUGCUCUAUCUAUUGGCCUUACUCUUGGAUUAUCGCUAGGCCCAGUUGUACAGAUGGCCUGCAUCCCAAUUGGUGAAAAGGGAAUCACAAUCCUCGGCAUCAUCAUCAAUCAAUAUACCGUACCCGGGAUUCUAAUGUCUAUUUUGUGCCUUAUCAACCUCUUCAUCGUCUACUUCUUUUUGAAGGAAAACUUUGUCGGGUUUGCGGCGGAAAUUGAUGAGCAGGGCGAGAAGAAAGAAGCAGCUAAACUUCCACCGUACGAUAAAGUCGCGCUGGGAGUGCUGUUUUAUAUUUGGUGCCUGAUGAUGACGGCUUCUGCUUCGGAAUAUACGAUCGCAGCCCCUCUAACGAUGGCAAUGUAUGGAUGGAAUAGUCAUGAAGUCAUCACAAAACAUGGUAUCCUCCAAAGUGUUCAGUGUGUAUUCUCCGCCAUCGCCUCAAUAUUGCUGAUCAAGACACGGAUUAAGAAGAUUGACAACCGUAUCCAGCUCUCGUUCGCGCUAUGUCUCUUCAUCUUCGCCAGUCUCUCCCUAUUCCCGUGGCCAUUUUUCGAGAAAGCUGUUGACUACCCAUUACAAGACGGACAAAGCCCACCACAAUGCGAUGCCGACUGCCUGAAGAGAAAAGCUCCAAUGUGGCUGUACUUCUUCUCACUCGCUUUCUGCUAUGGUCCCGCUGCGGCUAUCGGAGUAGCUGUAACAAAUACCCUCGCCACGCUGGUGAUUGGGCCAAGGAAACAGGCCCUUAUCCAAGGCUGGAUGACCGCGGCCGGAAGUUUGUCGUCAUUUCUGUGGCCGCUCGGAGCAACAGAAGCGUUCAAAAUGGAUGGGAUGAUGACGAUAUCACUAGCAAAUACCGCAUUCUACCUUCUCGGUCUGCUAUUGAUCAUCAUUUUCCGGAAACGUCUCGUCCCGUUGAUAACCAAC